GUUUUGAUUUUAGGGUUUUGAUUUUGGUUCGUCUUAUUUUUGGGGUUUGAUUUGCCAGAUUUUCAGUUUUGGUUUUUAGAUUUUGUACUAUUAAUCGUUCGUUGUUGUUUUUGUUAUAGAUUAACCAGUUUGGUUCGUCUUAUCGUGCGUUCGUUGUUGUUGGUCAUGGAGGAACUUGGGAAAGGCUACGAGGAUCCGGGAGGUUCUAGCUCUCGUCACUGGGAACUUUCCGGCCACCGGAGCUAGGGUCGGGUUUUUGGCUCUCCGUCAAUCCAAGAUUCUGUUUUGCUUUUGUUCUUCCCCUAAACUGCUGAAAUCAGGAAAGAGAGUAACAAUGGGGAAGGCAAAAUCGUUCAAGGAUGAAGUCACUUUUGGUACAGGAAGGUGAAGCCAAGAUACCAAUGGGUGCUAGCAUCGGAGUGUGAGUGCAUGUGGUGUGCGUAGAAGCGAGUGUGAGUAAGUGUGUACAGAUGAGUGUUGGGGUGCAUUAAAUGAAAGAUCCGACUGCUGAGGUUGUUGUAUCUGAAGAUGGAAGAGGCAAAGUUGCUGAAUUUCACCUUCUGCAUUACCAUGCUUUCGGUACUGCACACAGAGCUCAUGCUUCCACUGAGGGUGUUGCCAAAUAUUUGAAGCCUUCUGUUGCUGGCUUCUUGAUGCAAAAGGGUCUGAAAAGGAAAAAAGUAGGCACCUAUAUUGCCACAGUUCUGAAGAUUUUCAAAAGAGAAGGCUCAUCUGAAGAGAUGGCAGCACAGUCUCCCCCAUAUAUUGUUCUUGGUGGUUUGGGUUGUAAGGUUGUUAACCAUUUUUGUGCUAGUCUCUUGGAAGAUCAGAUGUCUCCUUCAGCUACUCUAUCUUGUGAUCUUUGUUGCGUGCUUGUUCGAAGAGUGCUUUUUGGCAAAAGUUUACUCCAUUUCAUGAAAUGUGUUGCCUUGUAUAGUUUUACAGUAUCUGAUCCAUUCCCAUCUAUUGAAUGGAGGUUGAAGAGUCGAAUAAGCAUCCUGUAAAGCAGUCAUUUUAUGUUGAUGUUGGGCUGCCUAUGUAAAGGCAUGUAAGACUUCCUUGAUAC